AUGAUAUAUGAGAAUGAUAAUGUGAAAGAGGCCAUAAGAAGGGUUCUUGGGAACCUUUAUAACGACAGGAUGUUUCGCAUUAAGAGAAUACUAGGCCUGACUAUGAGGCAGCAGAUUUUGCCUAAAGAGCAGUGGACAGAAUAUGAAGAGGAUAAAUUCUACCUUGAACCAUAUCUGAAAGAAGUUAUUUGGGGAAGAAAGAGAUGGGCAAAGAAAUAAUCAUGGAAUUAAAAUCUGUGGUAGCAGCUGUCCUACAAAUAUUUUUAAAAAGUUGAGUAAACAUGAAAUGUACAAUUUAGAACUAUUUAAGCUGCAAGUGUAUUACUUUAAAUAAAUGUCUAUUAUAAUUA